UGUGUCUGCAUGCACCAACAUUCUAUAUAUUGCAUACCCUCUUCACCUCUAACACAACACAAUAAUCAUUAUUUGUGGCUUAAUAAAGCUUGAAAGAUGACACCCUUCUCACGUACCCUCUUCUUUGUUGCACACUUCCUUCUUUCUCUCCUUUCUUCUUCAACCAAUGCACAACUUUCUACCAACUUCUACGAUAAAACUUGUCCCAAUCUUCAAACCAUUGUCAGAAAUUCAAUGGAGCAAGCCAUCAAUGGAGAAGCUCGACUUGGAGCCUCUAUACUCCGAUUGUUCUUCCACGAUUGUUUUGUGAAUGGCUGCGAUGCAUCACUUUUAUUGGAUGACACUGGCACAUUUGUUGGUGAGAAAAAUGCAGCACCAAACAGAAAUUCAGUGAGGGGUUACGAAGUGAUAGAUGCCAUUAAAACCAAGGUUGAAGCUGCUUGCAAUGGCAUUGUCUCUUGUGCUGAUAUUCUGGCACUUGCAGCAAGAGAUGGAGUAGUUCUGCUUGGGGGACCUUCAUGGACAGUUGCUCUAGGUCGAAGAGACGCAACAACAGCAAGCGAAAGCGCAGCCAACGCCCAACUCCCUUCUCCGUUCUCCGACCUUCCCACACUCACCAGCGCCUUCGACGCCAAAGGCUUGAGCGCGCGUGAUCUCACCGUGCUCUCCGGCGGCCACAGCAUAGGCCAAGCGCAGUGCCAGCUUUUCAGAGCUCGCAUCUACAACGGAACCAACAUCGACACUAGCUUCGCCGCGUCAAGAAGAAGCAUUUGCCCUUCCUCCGGUGGGGACACCAACUUGUCCCCUCUGGACUCCCUCACUCCCGUUCGUUUCGACAACAACUACUUCUCCGAGUUGGUGGCUGGCCGUGGCCUUCUCGUCUCAGAUCAAGUGCUCUUCGAUGGUGGCUCUCAAGACUCUUUGGUGAGAAUUUACAGCGACAAUAAUGCUGCGUUUUUUCGUGAUUUUAGUGAAGCCAUGAUCAAGAUGGGUCAUAUCACUCCUCUCACUGGAACCGCCGGUGAGAUCAGAAGUAAUUGCAGGGUUGUCAAUUGAACAUCCUCAGUUUCUUGUUUCGUUCGGUACGAGGAACGUAUUAUGGAAGUUUUGUUUUGUUUUAUU